CUCCUGGUACCAGAAUUGAGUCUCCUGUCUCCUCCUUGUGUUUUAUUCCUGAGUGUCAAAUUGGACCAACCUGACAGUGUGUGUGUGUGUGUGUGUGUGUGUGUGUGUGUGUGUGUGUGUGUGUGUGCGUGUGUGUGUGUGUGUGUGUGUGUGUGUGUGUGUGUGUGUGUGUGUGUGUGUGUGUGUGUGUGUGUGUGUGUGUGUGUGUGUGUGUGUGUGUGUGUGUGUGUGUGUGUGUGUGUGUGUGUGUGUGUGUGUGUGUGUGUGUGUGUGUGUGCGUUUGUAUUCAUGACAUCUCAGGACAAUUUUAUGAUAACACACCUUCACAAUGAGGACCUGUGGAAAAAUGAGGACAUUUUUCGCGUCCUCAUAUUUCCACGCAGUCUACACUACUCUAGAGCUCACGAGGAUACUCCCACACCAAAAAUAAGUGAUGUCCUGAAAGAGCACAAUUUUCAGAAAUUGUGUGUUUAAGUGUGUUUAACUUUCGACUCACUUUUCAUUUGGAAAACUAGUGGCCAACUUCGGUACUUAACACACUUUUAACACACUUUCAGUGACGUCAUUGUGCAGGACCUCAAAUGUCAUCUUUUUCGGACUGACUCACACAUUUUCCCCGCCCUCGUCCUGAUAAGUCAAAUCAAUUAGCAGUCACACAAAAUCCAACAUGUGAAGCAGCCAGACAAUCCUACUCUCAAACACGACCACGCGUGGAUGACCAUCGGGUAAGCAAUUCCUUUUCAUUUAUCUUACCGUAACAUAGAAGUUGUUCAAUAUAACCGUGUUUAACAGUGCCCACCAAAGGUAAUAUCAUUCAAUAAGACAGCUAGCUAGCUAGCUAGCUCGAUCGUUAGCAUGCUAAUAAGCUUCCAGUAAAAGUAAUGUGGACAUGUCCUGCAGGCAAGGUUCUGGAAAACUUUUCUAAAUCUUUAACAACACAGUCUGUGGAACUUGGUUUUGGUACCAUAUGUUUAUUUCAGUGCAGUAUUUGUUUUAUUCGAUUGCAGUUAAUUUAAAUUAGUUAGUACAGGUAGCCUAAUGAAAGUGGGCCAGGCACUUCUAGCAUUUACGCUAAGCCCGGUGUAUUUACACUGUUUAUUCUUGUGCUGAUUCAAUUGUACACCGUUUCAAUGAAAAAAACAAACAAACGUUUGCAAUGAAAUUAUAGCAGAAUUCAGCUUUGUUGGUACAUUUGGUCAAGACAAUAUUGUGUUACUCUAUUUUAAUUUUACAUUGUUAUCUGCCUGACAAAUGGUUUGCCCGAAUCUAUUAGUCUGACCAGCAAAUGUUUGAUGAAAUGAAUUUUUGUAUUUUUGAGGAAGAAAAUAAUAUUCCUUUGGCUCAGUACUUUUUGAGCCAAAAUAAGUGCUGCCAUAAUAUUGUGCUUGCUUGUCUGGCUGACUUCUUCUCACUUUCCAUUGUAGAUGUUUACUGGUGGUGAUAAUGUCACAAAGAAGAACCAGACUGAGCCCUGAAUCUGAGGCUGCUCCUUUUAUCUGGAGUCAACAAGCCUUGUUUGAAAGCCCAGUGGAUCAAUGAUUAUAAAGACACCAAGUGACGGGAUCUUGACUGAACCUUCUGGAGACCAAGAAGGGAGUGAGAGAUCCACUUCAUCCUUACAACAGACACCAAGUGACCUGACUGAACCCUCUGGAGACCAUGAAUGGAGUGAGAUAUCCACUUCAUUCUUACAACAGACACCAAGUGACCUGACUGAACCCUCUGGAGACCAUGAAUGGAAUGAUAGAUACACUUCAUCCUUACAACAGACACCAAGUGUUCCGAUCCUGAUGAAACCUUUUGAAGAUCAAGAAAGGAGUGGAAGAUCCACUUCUUCCUUACAACAGACACCAAGUGACCUGACUGAACCCUCUGGAGACCAUGAAUGGAGUGAGAGAUCCACUUCAUCCUUACAACAGACACCAAGUGACCUGACUGAACCCUCUGGAGACCAUGAAUGGAGUGAGAGAUCCACUUCAUUCUUACAACAGACACCAAGUGACCUGACUGAACCCUCUGGAGACCAUGAAUGGAGUGAGAGAUCCACUUCAUUCUUACAACAGACACCAAGUGACCUGACUGAACCCUCUGGAGACCAUGAAUGGAGUGAGAGAUCCACUUCAUCCUUUCAACAGACACCAAGUGUUCCGAUCCUGAUGAAACCUUUUGAAGAUCAAGAAAGGAGUGGAAGAUCCACUUCUUCCUUACAACAGACACCAAGUGACCUGACUGAACCCUCUGGAGACCAUGAAUGGAGUGAGAGAUCCACUUCAUUCUUACAACAGACACCAAGUGACCUGACUGAACCCUCUGGAGACCAUGAAUGGAGUGAGAGAUCCACUUCAUUCUUACAACAGACACCAAGUGACCUGACUGAACCCUCUGGAGACCAUGAAUGGAGUGAGAGAUCCACUUCAUUCUUACAACAGACACCAAGUGACCUGACUGAACCCUCUGGAGACCAUGAAUGGAAUGAUAGAUACACUUCAUCCUUACAACAGACACCAAGUGACCUGACUGAACCCUCUGGAGACCAUGAAUGGAAUGAGAGAUAAAUUCUCAAAAUUCUCAAAUUUUCAAAAUUCUCAUUAUUUCCUGGAAUAUCUUAUUUUGAUUAUUUUAUUUUUCCAUUUUUAAUAAAUAAUGCCUUCUUUUACAGGUGGGAAUAAGAGACGCACAUGGACAGAUUAUGAAGUGAAGGCUGUUGAGCGACAUAUGUUUGAUUUCAUAACAAGCCAGAAAGUUUCUGGUAAAACGAGCUGUGAGUCCUGUCUCCACGCAGAGCCAGCAGCUCUGAACGACAGAGGCUGGGUGUCCAUCAAAAACUACAUCCACAACAGGAUAUAACUGCAUUAAAAAGGGAAAUGAAUGGCUAGUCCAUUGAAAUGCGAGCACGUCUGGGUACAUUUCAGUUCAAGUUAACUAAAGCAAUAGCAAUGGUGCAUUUAGGGUGGGAUGGUCAAUUAUGGAUUUCAUAUUUGUUGUUGGAUACUGUGUUUCACGUUUGUUGUUUCAUGAUCUUCAAGAGCAAUUUGGAAAAUCCUUGAAGAUGUAUGAACAUGUAAAUUAUACUGUAUAUCAGGCAUGUUCCGAUCUGGGCCUGGAGAGCCACUGUCGUGCCUGUUUUCCAGCUCUCCCGGCUGCAUCACACCUGUUUCAGAUGAUCAGUUCAUCAGUCAGCUCUGAUGCAGCAUUAGAACAUCCUGGGAGAGCUGGAAAACAAAAAGACAGCGGCCCUUGAGGACCGACCUUGGACACUCCUGCUGUAUAUAAACGUACGUACGAUAUACAAACUUCUCACAAAAGAUAGGCUUAUUAGGUUUGAGGUGAUAUUUUGGAAAAACCCUAAAACAUUUGAAUUCAUCCUAUUUCAAGAAUUUCAAUACUUUUUGAAAAGUUGCUUUUGUCUAACGGUAGCUAAAGAAGUUGCUACACACAUGGCACAAUAUAUGGCCAGAUUCAUUAAAAAUUCUUCAUCGCAGUAUUCACAUUUUGACAUAAUCUUCUUCAGUUCAAACAACCCUCAUCUAUUGCAGUGCUUUGUGUCAUGGAGAGGAGGUGGCAUGUUUUCUGUGUUCAUAAUUUCAUAUUGUCAGCAAUUAAAAAAUAAGAAAGUGGACUGACCACAUAUUUAACCGUCUCUUCUUCUUCACAGCUUAUUUUACUAUCUUGUAUUAUUAAUGUGAAUAUUUGAGGGAUGACGGGUAUAACGACUGUUUGGCACAUUCGCCUCACAGUUCAGCAAUUGAUAUUUGAAUGUUUGAAUCUGGGCAUCCUUCCUUUGUAGAGUUCUCCCCAUGCCUGAGCAUGACAAUUGGACACAUGUGCCUAACAUAUACUGUUGGUAUGUAACAUGAGUCAAUUUAAAAAUACACACUUUACUCUUAGCGGGUCUUCAUAAGUCAUAUAUACUUGAAAAUGAUGUGUAUCCAGGGGGCUCAAAAUUCACAAAAACAUGAAAUGGUAGUGUGUUUGAGGUGACUGUCUCCAUAAUACACAAAAACCUGUCAAUGUCCUCAUAUGUAGUAGUUUUGUCAUAAAUCAAAAAAAAAUUACGUCCUAGCCAAAAUCUGAGUAGAUGGCUGUCUUCCUGAUUUUUUUUCAUGGUUACCAUAUUUUUUUGGAGCCUGUAGGACCACGGGAAAGGCAUGUACCCAUAUGUCGGGUGAACAAACGGACGUCCUGAAAAUGCACCAAAACACGUAUGUGUGUGUGUGUGUGUGUGUGUGUGUGUGUGUGUGUGUGUGUGUGUGUGUGUGUGUGUGUGUG